UGGAGGGGAGGGGAGAAGUGCUGUGCGACAUCCACUCUGCUCACUCGGUUUCGAGACUACCACACACCGCCGCGUCUACACAGCAUCAACUUCACAACAUAUCGGAAAUCUGGAGGAGGGAGGGUGUUGUUGGACAUAUCGACGGCUAACAGCUACUCAACAAGCCAAAGGGACAUAAGCAGCCUCUCUGAGCCGUGCUGGAGUGAUUGGUCCAGUUUCUGUCCAUCCCCUGAACCCAGUGGCUAUCAGCCCAGUGAGCUGCGUGAGGUGUCUCUUAGCUGUGGAUUGCAUCAUUAUGAGACAAUAGCAGUGGGAAUCAAAACUCUCCCUCCUCCUCCUCUCCCUCCUCGAUCUCCGCCUCCAGUUCUUUUUCUCUCAGCCUGACUCUCCAUUCAAGCCCUCCCCCCUAACAAAUACAUGGUCGCCCACACACACGAAACCCUCUGACCACUCCCCCCACGCUGGUCAUGGUCCACUCCCCCUGUCUCUCCAGCCAGUCAGGCAGUGAGCUGAUGGGAGCUGUGUAAUCCUCUGUAAAGUAUAGGGCCUAUACGGCUGCAUAUGCUCCCUUUUGUUAUGGCGGCUGUUAUUGUUGCAGAGGCCUCCCUCAGGAGAGAACAUGAGGGAGAACAGAAGGCAGCAUAAAGCCCACAAAGGGAGGAAGAGAGAGCGAGAGAGUGGCUGAGAGACACUGACGCUGCCAUUUAUUUGACCGGAUGAGAAUGAGCUUCACAGGGCAACGGAUGGAAUUCAGUAGGGGUGAAACCACAUGAUGUGGGACUGGUAUUACCACCCCACGCCAGUCACAAAUUGGACCAACAGUCAACUUUGGAGAUAUUUGCCACAUAGUGACCCGCUGCAAGGAAUGCAGUGAAAUAGAGAAAAGUAGACAAGACUUUUUUUUCCUGGUUCAGAAUAUUUUUCUAUUUUUUUCUCUUGUUGUUGGUCUUUUUAACUACACCCACCAAAAGUGCCUUUUAGUGUUGUUUCUGUCUAUUUUUAUUACUCGUCUUACUCUAUAUUCAUACCCUAUAUUGCCACAAAUUAUUGCAUGCAUCUUUACAAACAGUAGCUGUCAGUUUCAGUGUGUGUUGCCAUAUUUAAGAGAAGGUCCAUAGUAUAUUUGACUUUGUGUGUGCGUGUCACCAGCCACAACACCAGCCUCCAUCAAAUCAAAUCCACAGCUGACAAUCACCACCUUCCUUAAUUUUGUCUCUGCUCGGGGAGAGCUCACAUUGACCCAGCGUUAAAUCACCGACAUUCAGACUGCUCCAGACCAACGUGACUUUCUGCGCUGCCUCCUCCCGACGUCUGUUGCUUUGACAACGCAGAACCACCGCCAUGGUCAGUAUCCAGUCCAGAUGGCGCUACCUUUUCAUGUUUCUGGGCAUCCAGCUGGUGGUCAUGGCAUUGCUAUCCCGGGAGGGAUACCAGAAGAGGGUCUCCUACUUCAUCCGCAUCUUCCGCAAGCCCGACAGCACAGGCCGUAACCACACGGUAGCUGGCGUCAGUGGAGGGGAUGUAUAUGCCAACCUGUCCCACCUAUCCAAAGCUCAUCACCAUGGAGAUGAUAUGCCCUUCUGCCCUAAGACGUCCCCAUUUAUACGUGGGCCGAUCCACGUCAGCUUUCCAUCGGGGCUCACUCUAGCGGAGGUUCAAAAGAAAAAUCCGCUGGUGGUGCGUGGGGGACGCUACAGGCCGCCUGACUGUGAGGCGAGGCACCGAACGGCCAUAAUCAUUCCCCACAGACACAGAGAACACCACCUCAAGUUCCUAUUGUACUACCUACAUCCUUUCCUACAGCGGCAACAGCUUCAUUAUGGAAUUUACGUCAUUCACCAGGCUGGAAACUACACUUUCAACAGGGCCAAACUGAUGAAUGUGGGUUUCCGUGAGGCCAUGAGGGAGGAAGACUGGGACUGUCUCUUCUUCCAUGAUGUGGACCUCAUUCCAGAGGACGAUCGCAACACAUACAUCUGUGACUCUAAUCCUAAGCAUGCAGCCAUCGCCAUGGACAAGUUUGGCUACAAGCUUCCAUACAAGAUGUACUUUGGGGGAGUGUCAGCUCUGACGCCGCUGCACUACCUAAAGAUGAACGGCUUUCCCAACAACUACUGGGGCUGGGGUGGCGAGGACGACGAUAUUGGUGUCAGAGUGUCUCUGUCGGGGAUGUACAUCACUCGUCCAUCACUGAAGGUCGGCCGCUACAAGAUGAUUAAACACAAGCUGGACAAAGGCAACGAUGUGAACCCAAAGAGGUUCAACAUGCUGGCUAAGACACGUCAGACCUGGAAGACGGAUGGGAUGAACACAGCUGAAUAUGAGACAAUCUCUCGGCAAUACCUGCCCCUCUACACCAACAUCACUGUCAACAUCGGUACUGAGGCCGGUCUACAUCCGCCUCCCCCAACACCACCUCCUCCUGCCAAAGGUGCAGGCAAACCUGCAGUCAAAGCGCCUGCUGAAGUGCCAGCGAAAGGUCCUGCCAAACCCCCAGCCGAACCCCCUGCCAAACUCAAAGAGGGACACCCAGAUCGCCCCUAAGAGACUACUAACCUUUUUUCACCCUGCCAUAACUUCAAUGGGUGUUUUUUCUUCUCAGUGGCUUGGAGUUUUUUGCUCAUUUAAAGCUUUCCCUCGUCAGUUCAUGGAGGAAUUCCUUUGAGUAGAAUUAACCUCAUACUGCCUGCGGACAGUGCGGUACUCGUCUGAGUGAUUUAAAAACACUCGAUUUAUCAAAAAUAAAAACAAUGGACCUGAAUUUCUCGACCCGGAGGUGACGGCUCUCUGCCUCAAUUCCUGUGACAUCACUAAUUAUUCUUCCAGGGGAGCCACAGUGGAGAGUGAAGGGUUAAAGUUGGACUCUAUGAGUUUAUAUAUCUACAGCGCUGUGGUCGCUGGCUAAACCUUGUGAUGCCUUAGAAUCAUGUUCUUCUUUUUUUGUUUCUUUUCUUUCCACUCGUACCUUACAUUAUUUUAGAAUAUUGGGUUUAAUGGAGCAGUAGCUGCGAUUUCCAGCAGUCACACUCAUUUUUUGUCUCAGCGCCAGUGAAAACGUGAGUGAUGGUGAUGGUUGUUGUUUCCACUUGAGUGUGUGAAGCUGCUACAGUACAGAUCGAGUACUGCAUUACUUCUACUGCUAUUACUAUUUCUGACGUAACGGCACACAUAUCCUAUCUAUCUGCAAAUAUCUGUGAUCUUGUGAGAAAGGAGAUGCUGGUCUGUAUCUGUAUAGUUUGUGUGUCAAAAGAUUGACUAAGUCUUUCUAAUGAUUUCAAAGUUUUGGAUGCUGUACUCGUCAGACUCCCUGUGUGAAUGAGAAUAGUGACAACAUUUCAGUUUGCGCACCGAGGUUACCGCUCCUCUGUUUGUCUUAGUUGGUGCAUUCACUUCAGCCUUUCAAAUUAGUAGCCAUUAUCAUCAACAUUUGAUUGAAUUUUCUUUUUCUUGUGUUUUCUGUAUUUGCCUUUCGUAGAGCAGGCCUUGGUGGCGGUGAUCAGUCGUCUGCCUUCAGAUGAGCUGGUGAUUCACAUCAAAACGGAGUCUUUAUAUAUAUAUGUUGAUUAUGUACAGUGUGCUGUGUAACUCCUGAUGUAAAUGUCUCCCUCGAGUGCUGGCUUGCUCCCCUAGCACUUUGUAUGCAGUCAAUCUUUAUGAUGUCUUUUAUUUCUUUAAAGCCCAUCUCCUAUCCUUAAUCUGUACGAAUCAUAGAAAGUCACUUCUACAGCGUUGUCGGAUUAGCAUGAGUUAAUUUUCUUUAAAGAUCAAGUUACGGUAGCCAAAGUUAGCCGCAUAAAGAAACACGUGAGUUCAGUAGCUUUAGCCAAAAGCAAAACGUGACAAAUCUGUGUUCGCUGUAAAUGGGCAACAUAAGUUGUGUUGCCAUGAGAGAAAACUGUGGUUUUGCAUGUUUCGUUGCCAGUUAUCUUUUGAGAAAGCUCACAAAGUCAUGUCUGAAUGCAUCGUCCUCAAGUUUUCACCCAACACCAACAGUGUGUCGUUUGUGAAAUGUAAAGGUCCAGCGGCAGAUUUAGGGGCAGAAAUUAAAUAUUCAGAAUUAUAUUUCUGUUAAUCACCUGAAACUAAUAAUUGUUGUGUUUUACCUUGAGAUGAGCCCUUUUGCAUCUGAACACUGGCUCCAGAGAGGACCUUCAACAUUGGUCUUGUUUUAGCGACCAGUGUAAGGGAGGCGAACGUGAUGGCUUUUUUUUCGGUUAGUUGCAAUCUGUAACCGCACCUUAGAUGCCACUAAAUCCUACAUGCUGGACCUUUUUAAAGUGCAACUCCACCAGUGUUACAAAGUGCGUUUACAGGUCUUGGGGAGUUCUACUGCAUAUAUGGAAAAGUAGUAUAAAGGCUUUUGUGGCUCAAGAGGAAGCUGCAUUCAAUCUGAUAAUUUCCCUCCAGUAAUGUCACUCAGAGGUUAAGUUGCACUGUGGGUAAUGUAGGCAGCAGGUUUUGAAAAGCAGUCCAGUGGUCUAGCAUUACUCUUCUAUAACACUAUUGAACUCAUUAUAGGCAAUUUAUAAAAAUAGGUUGCCUGCACUGGGCUGCUGAGUCACAGCAGGGGCAGUUUGUCAGAUUGCAUGCAGCUUCAUCUGGAGCCACAAAAGACUUCAUACUGCUUUUUUUUCCACAUAUGCUGUAAAACCCACCAAGACCCGUAAACAUGCUUUUGUGAAAAAAUAAUGGAGUUGCCCUUUCAAUGCAAAUCUGAAGUAUGUAGACACAUGUUUAGCAAGUUACAGGGCGGCUUGCCAAUGAAGAAACAAGCUGUGCUUCUUGUAUUUUUUUUCCUUUUUCUUCCGAGCAUUCAUAAAAACAGUUCCUCACUUGGUUUAAUCACCUUUAGCGGCUUUAAUAUUGAACCAGUUCGCCUGUGAUUUGGCUCAGAAAAAGGCCAGUUCUUUAAGAAGCUAACACAUGGAGACAUCCACCAUAUCCUUACCACUAGUGCCCGUAUACUGCAUGGCGACUGUCCUUCUCAUGUCCCUCCGCUAUGACACAUUUGAUUGUUUACGUGAGAAAACGAAAUCUAAAAAAAAACCAAAACAAAAAAAAAACCAGUCCCUUAAUGCAGCGUGAGUGUGAUCGAACUGACAGGUGAACAAGGCUGAAACCAAAGACGACUGCAUGGAAGGCUGUGAUGAUUGAUUGGGAAAAAAGUGUGUGUGUGUGUGUGUGUGUGUGUGUGUGUGUGUGUGUGUGUGUGUGUGCCGUAUACCCCAUAUCUCCCUCUCUUAUAAUGGACCGGCCUAUCAUUUCCUUCGAUCAGUAGCUGCUUCUUUUCUUUUUUUUUUAUUGGCUGUACUGAAUCUUGUUUAUCAUCAUGUCAUUGUGGUAUUUGCUGAAGUGAACGAGACGAGCUCUGAGAGUAGGUUUUCUGUGAUUUUCAUAAAUAGAUGACUAUAAAACUGUAUUAUCAUUCUGAUGUGAAUUCAUAUCCAACUCCUAUGGCCUUAGCAACAAAAACAAUACUAGUAUUUCAAACACUUGGUCACUAAUAGCAUCUUUAUAUUAAGAAUAGAUAUGCAUGGCAAAGAACCUUGUUUCGAAAGUUGGGAAUGUACUGAGCACAACAUGGAGAUGAUGCAUAUCGGCGCCCGCCUGGAAAAUAUGAAGCAUGCUGAAGUGUCUAUGUUGUGAAGCUGGAAGCUGUUUUACUGUGACAUUGACAUGCGAGUUUGCAUCUGCUGUGUGGAGUGCUCCUCACUGGUGUGUUUAAAUUUUGAAGAUGAUGGAAGCAUUUUUUUUUUUUUUAAGCAUAAUGUGCAAAAAGUAGCUUGUGUUCCCAAAGUCACAAUGUCCAGUCUCCACCCUUUACUGUUUAACACUCGACCUGAUGUGUGAGGUUUUAUUUGUUUUAAGCUGCUCUACGUGUGUUUUUAUUCCGUUCUGAUGUGGAUAAGCUCAGCAGCACUAGAAAGCAGUCAUCACAGGGUAGAACUGAAGCAACCAAGGGCAAUGUGACUCUGUGAGCUGUUUCUGCUCUCUUUAUGAAUCCUGCACAGUCCAGAGUGGCCUUAAAUUCAUUAAUAAACUGAUUAUUCAAAA